AUGGAGGGUUUAUCAGAAUCCAUGGCCAAAAACCUCUCUCUAACGACAGAUGAAGAGGAAGGUAUCGUAGUCGACAACCAGACACUGCCGGAUAGGGUGUUAAAUCGGGGCUACCAACUCAUUGGUCGAAUCGUAACUUCCAGGGAGAUUUCGGCACAUACCAUCAAGGCUAACGUGCUUCGAAUUCUCCAACCAGUAAAGGCAUGUGACGUCAAAUCCCUUGGGCCGAACAGAUUUAUAUUGUGCUUUGAACAUCGUCUGGAUUAUAAUCACGCGAAAAAUGGGUGUCCAUGGUUGAUGGACAAAAACGCUUGUUUACUCCAAGAUCUCGAGCCAGAUUCCGACCCUACAACGAUGGACAUCUAUCUGAUGAACAUAAUUAUACGGAUUCACAAUCUUCCGAUAUCCAAAAGAACAGUACCUAUGGUAAAUCAGAUUGGAAGCAAAGUUGGCGAUGUGGUAGAGAUCCUGAACUCUAAGCAACUAGAGUUUCAUCAAUACGUGAGGGUCAAGGUCAGGAUAGAUGUCAACAAAUGUCUGAAGCGAGGGAUGAACUUGCAUAACCUUGACGGGACAAAAAAUUGGAUAGCCUUCACAUACGAAAGGCUGCCCAAUUUUUGUUUUCUUUGUGGGCUAAUUGGACAUGCUGAGAAUCGGUGCCCUAUACGAUACGAAGACAAUUUCAUUGAUCCCGGUGAACAACUCCCUUAUGGAAUGUGGAUGAAAGCGACGAGCCUGCCAGAGAGUGAUCACUCGAGAGUGCCGCUGAAAAGUGUGAAUGAGAAAAGUAUUGGUGGGACAGAUUUUCUAGCACAACCUACACAAAGGGGAACAAAUAUUUUUCAGUUUGGCACUCGGAAAGAAAGUACUAACCACAGCUCCAUGCAAGUGACAACAAUGGCCAACCUAAUCGACGACAAGUCAAAAUAUCAAGCAAGAACAGGAAAAAAAAGGCUGAUGAAGCGGGUAUAA